GUGAACACAAGGACCAGAAGGCGUGUGACCUCUGACUGGUGAGGAUGUGCUUCAAGGGACGUCUCAAGGUGGUGGUGGUGGUGAUGGUGGUGGUGACAUCAACACUCACCUCCGCCCAACAGGAUAACCUCCAGGCUAUAGAAUGUCCUUUCCCAGAGGGCCAGGAGGUGUCGUCAGAGGAAGAGUGCCAUAAGUACACCGCCUGUCAGUGGACGGAGGGACGGUGCCACAUGACAGACGACCGUCACGGCGGCUACCUCGUCGGCAUCACUGAGGAGACGCCCAGGGGCUAUAGGGUGAACCUCGAGAAAGCCAACGACAAAGUGACUAUGUUUGGAGGAGAUGUAACUCAGCUGGUGUUUGAGGUCAUCUAUCACGAAAGUUACCACCUACAGGUCAAGAUCUAUGACCUAGCCCAGGCGCGUUAUGAGGUCCCAACACCUCUGUACCUCCCGGAGUCACCUGACGAAGAACACCUGUACGACGUGGGUGUUCAACCUGAAGGAGAACCUUUUAACUUCAACGUGACGAGGAAGUCAACUGGUACCACCGUGUUCCGUUCUAUGGGUCCCCUUACAUUUGAAGACCAAUUUAUCCAGCUCCACACCUGGCUCUGCUCCACCUACCUGUACGGCCUUGGGGAGAACACCCACCUAUCGUUCAGGCAUAAGUUCAACCCCAGAUCUACCUUCCCAAUCUUCGCCCGAGACCAACCUGUGGGCACGACACCCAUGAAUGAGUACGGUCACCAUCCUUACUACAUGGUGAUGGAGGAUGAUGACGGAAACUCCCAUUCUGUGUUCCUCUAUAAUUCUAACGCCAUGGAAUACUCGACCUAUCAGCUGGAGGACAACACUCCAGCUCUCACUCUCAGAACAAUUGGAGGAAUAAUCGACCUCCACUUCUUCCUCGGACCCUUCCCAGAGGACCUCACCAUCCAGUACACCAACAUGGUGGGGACUCCGGCCUUCCCUCCGUACUGGUCACUAGGGUUCCAACUCUCUCGCUGGGGCUACAACUCAACCCAGGGAGUGAGGGAAGCCAGAGAGAGAAUGAAGAUCAUGGGCAUCCCGCAGGACGUGCAGACUUGUGACAUAGACUACAUGUACCGGCACAGAGACUUUACCUACGAUCCUGAUAACUGGGGGGAUUUACCUGAGCUUAUCCAGGAGCUACACAACGACAAGCUCAAGGUUACUCUCAUAUUGGACCCAGCUCUGGUUAUAGAUUUCGACAACUAUCCGCCGUCCAGCCGAGGGAAGGAUUCUGACGUGUUUAUCAAAUGGUCGGAUAUUAACCUGGUACCGGAUGACCAAGACCCGGCAGCUGACAACUAUAUGGUCGGUUACGUAUGGCCGGAUAAUAAGACUGUCUUUCCGGACUUUCUCAAACCUGAAACUCAAACCUGGUGGAACAAUGAAAUCAAGCUCUUCCAUGAUAUGCUAGAUUUUGACGCCAUCUGGAUUGACAUGAACGAGCCAGCUAAUUUCGGUACCAACCUGGAGAAGCCUUGGAACUGGCCUCCUGAUGAGCCUGCCUGGUCUCUCAAAUGUCCUGAUAACAAGUGGGACAAUCCUCCUUAUCCCACCAUGAUGAUCAGAGUGGGUGACAAUCAGAGCAAGAAGAUCAGUGACCACACCAUCUGUAUGUCCGGGAACCAGACAGAUGGUGACAAGGUUUACUUACACUACAACGUUCACUCUCUCUACGGCUGGUCUGAGACUGUCGCUACUUACAACGCCCUGAAGGAGGUAUUCCCAGACAAGAGACCCGUGGUACUGUCCCGGUCCACUUUCCCAGGCUCAGGUCAGUUCGCGGUCCACUGGCUGGGAGACAACUCUGCUGAGUGGUCCCAAAUGCGCAUGUCUAUCAUAGGUAUGCUGGAGUUCACUAUGUUUGGUCUUCCAAUGGUUGGUGCUGACAUAUGUGGCUACUUCAACGAGCCAGAUAUGGAGAUGUGCGCCAGAUGGAUGGAGCUUGGCUCGUUCUAUCCGUUCAGCCGUAACCACAACGCACAAGAUACAGGAGCUCAAGACCCGGCGGCGUGGCCAGAAGUAGCGGAGAUAUCUCGCUACACCCUUAACAUACGCUACUGCACUUCCCUUUUGCCUCAAUUCUCUUCCCACAAAGGCGUGGCACACAUGCACGGACAUUCUGUAGUCCGUCCUCUGCUGAGUGUCUUCCCCGAGGACCUGGCGGGGAGGGACGUUGACGACCAGUUUAUGUGGGGAGAUGGCCUGAUGGUCGCCCCGGUACUCACCCAAGGAGCUACUGAGAGAGAGGUGUACUUCCCUCAGGCUCUCUGGUACAACUUGGUGACAGGAGAGAAGACAGCCAGUGGGCCAGCGACCAUUACUGUUGAAGCUCCGUUGGAAGUGAUUCCGUUGUACAUCAAAGGAGGUCGUAUCCUUCCUAACCAAGUACCUGCUCUUAAUACCGUGGACAGUCGACAGAACCCACUUGGGCUGACGGUAGCUCUGGACGGGAACAAGACAGCUUCAGGUGACCUGUUCUGGGAUUCAGGUGACGGUGAACACCACAUGUCUACUAUGUAUAUGAGCAAGAUGGCUUACUAUCAGGAUGAGCUGACCACGCGUAUCAUGCACGGGGAGGACACUGUAGCAGGACUCUACAUCGACAACAUCGACAUCUACGGCUUCCCGCAGGACCCGAGGGAUAUCAAUGUAAACAACGUGACCAUCCCGACGGAGGACUGGAACUUUGUUGCCGACAGACAAGUUUUGUCCAUCACCCUACACGCCCCCCUCGGGGAGUCUCUCAACAUCAAGAUUCUGUAUGAUGAAAGUCCUUAGACCUGGACCUGGCCCCUGGGCCUAGCCACUAGACCUGGGGCCCUGGACCUAGCCACUAGACCUGGGGCCCUGGACCUAGUCCCUAGACCUACCCCUGGACCUGGCCACUAGACCUGGGGCCCUGGACCUAGUCCCUAGACCUGCCCACUGUAGGGUAACCAUUGUCAUUAAUAGUGUAAGUGGUCAUAGCUCCAUAACCACCCACGUCAAUAAGGGUCACAUUCGUUUUUAACAGAAAUAAAUACACAAUAUAAACCUA